UCGUGACUCGCUCAAACUCGCAAGAUUGACAACCUUGCUAGUUAUCACCCUCGGGCGUCAUUCAUUGACUACCAGCGGCGUCCAUCCCCUUCUCACUCGCCGUCAUCGUCUUGUGCUGCCUGGUGUCCUCAGCUACACUAAAAAUUUCUCUCGUUCUUUGUGGUUACUGGUUCAACGCACUCGCCGCUUCGUUCGUUGCCACCGGGAAAGCUCGUCGGUUUCUAGCUUCUCUGUUCUAGCCGGUUCCCUGCUUCUCCAAUCUCUCUGGUAUUCCUCGCCUCUGUUCGUGUUCCUAGUUCUAGUUUCCACAACCUUGGUUCAAAAUUUUGGCAGCCCAUCUAUAUUUUCCGGGUCCGGGUUGGUAAGCGGGGCAAGCAUACCACACUUGAACUAACUACUCGCUAUCCACUCUCCAGCGGGACAUAGAGCGUAUAUCCUAGUUCGUUCUAGAAGCAUCUUUAAUAUCAGAUAAAACCCAACCAACCUCCCUCUCUCCUAAUCGGCUUAGGGUUUUUAUCUUUUCAUUCACUGCCUUCCCUCUCUCUCUAGUCGCUCACUCUUCUUCCACGAAGUGCUUAAGUUUUGGUCAAUGGCGACAGCUCAGCUAACAGCAUGCUCAAUUUCCUCGAGGAAUGUGUCGUCGUUCGAAGGGCUUCGACCUUCGGCGGUUCAGUUCUCCUCCGUCGUCAGAAUUGGAACCAUCACUCAAAGGUCCUUCCGGGGUUUGGUUGUCAAAGCCGCCACUGUUGUUGCUCCAAAGUACACUGCUAUUAGGCCUCUCGGUGACAGAGUACUGGUUAAAAUUAAGGAAGCAGAAGAGAAGACCGACGGAGGAAUUCUACUUCCUUCAACUGCUCAAACAAAACCACAGGGUGGUGAGGUUGUUGCUGUUGGAGAGGAGAAAUCAGCUGGGAAGAGCAAAAUAGAAACUAGUGUUCAGAUUGGUGCGCAAGUUGUGUAUUCGAAAUAUGCUGGUACUGAGGUGGAGUUCAAUGGUGCAAAGCAUCUUAUACUGAAGGACGAUGACAUUGUUGGUAUCCUCGAGACCGAUGAGAUCAAGGAUCUUAAACCGAUGAAUGAUAGAGUCUUAAUACAGGUUGCACAAGCAGAGGACAAAACUGCAGGUGGUUUGUUACUUACCGAAGCAACCAAGGAGAAACCUUCUAUCGGAACGGUAAUUGCGGUCGGCCCAGGGCCUCUUGAUGAGGAAGGUAACAGAAAACCAUUGUCUGUUAAUCCUGGGAACACAGUCUUGUACUCCAAAUAUGCUGGGAACGACUUCAAGGGAAAAGAUGGUUCUGACUACAUUGCAUUGAGGGUCUCAGAUAUCAUGGCUGUCCUUUCCUAGUAACAAAUUGUUUGUGUUUUGUAACUUAAAAAUUUUGUGUUCUCGAGGAAAAUGGAUUAUUUUUUAUCUGCGAUGACAAUUGAAACAUAGCUCAUUGCAAUUAUCUUAGAAAAUCUACAAACUUCUGGUGAUGUCAAUUGUUUUCAGUUGUCCGUAAUUCCCACCUCUCCUCAAAUGUUCCAAAAGCAUGCAGGGAAUCUUUUAGGGCAUUUUAAAACCAUUGAUCAUAGAGAACAGUAUAAUUCCUAGAUUCGAGAAAUUACAAGGUGUUCAUUUAA